CGGUGUCUCCGCCAUUUUUGUCGAUUGCCUAUUGUUCAGUGUGUAGCUAACGUAGCGAGCGGUGCUAAUUCACGGAAUACUGCGCAAUAAAAGUAUUUAGUGCUGGGGUCGACGCGGAUUCGGUUUUAGGCUUGUGACUUGUUGUCAGCCAGCAAGUUAAACAGGAUGGACGACGAGCAUUCCAAAACCCUGUAUGUGGGGAACCUGUCCCGGGAUGUGACGGAGGCCCUCAUCCUGGAGUUGUUUGGGCAGAUUGGUCCCUGCAAGAGCUGUAAAAUGAUAAUUGAUACUGCAGGUCACGAUCCAUACUGUUUUGUGGAAUUCUAUGAGUAUAGACAUGCUACUGCCACAAUAUCAGCUAUGAAUGGUCGGAAAAUACUGGGUAAGGAAGUCAAAGUCAACUGGGCCACAACCCCAACCAGCCAAAAGAAAGACACAAGCACUCACUUCCAUGUCUUUGUUGGAGAUCUAAGUCCUGAAAUUACCACAGAAGACAUAAAAGCAGCUUUUGGUCCAUUUGGGCAAAUAUCUGAUUGUCGAGUAGUGAAAGACCUGGCCACGGGUAAAUCUAAGGGAUAUGGCUUUGUCUCCUUCUUCAACAAGUGGGAUGCAGAGAAUGCCAUACAGCAGAUGGGAGGACAGUGGUUAGGAGGCAGGCAGAUCAGGACGAACUGGGCCACAAGGAAACCUGCACUGAAAACUACAAAUGAAAAAGCAAAUGCCAAGCAACUAUCUUUUGAUGAAGUAGUGAACCAGUCCAGCUCCAGCAACUGCACAGUCUACUGCGGCGGAGUCACAACAGGUCUCACAGAACAAAUUAUGAGACAGACCUUCUCACCUUUUGGUCAAAUAAUGGAAAUCCGUGUUUUUCCUGACAAAGGCUACUCAUUUGUGAGAUUUAACUCCCAUGAAGCAGCAGCUCACGCUAUUGUUUCUGUCAACGGCACAUCUAUAGAGGGCUAUGUUGUUAAGUGUUACUGGGGCAAAGAAGCAACGGACAUGGUUAGUCCUGUGCAGCAGGUACCGAUGGCCCAGCAGAACCCAGUGAGCUUUGCAGCACAGCCCUACAGCCAGUGGGGUCAGUGGUACAGUAACACACAUCAGAUUGGUCAGUACCUGCCCAAUGGAUGGCAGAUGCCCAGCUAUGGAGUGUAUGGACAGACCUGGGAUCAGCAUGGGUACAAUCACCUACACGCUGGAGCUGGAUGGACAGGCAUUGGUGGGAUGGUGGAGCCCGGGCAGGGAGUCAACGGGACAGUGCUAACAAACCAGGGCGGCAUGGGCACAGCCCGCUUCCACACUCACUGAUUGCUGGCCACAGUAGCUCAGAUCCUUUGAGGGCACAAGGUCGAUCUUCUGCCGGGCAAAGGAGUACAUUAGAUGUGCCCCACACACUUAUUCUGUGUUUGGGAGGUUGAGCUGCCAUUAUCUCUUACCAAUCCAUAGGUCACCCACUGCCCAAAGUCUCCCAUGUUUAAAGGCAACAGUCUCCCAGUACUCUCAGAACACGUUAACGCUUAAAUCAGCUUUUGCUAAUGCACAUUGCAUUCCUGGUCUUAGGGUCUGGUUUUAUUGACAUAUGUUCUUUUUCUAUAGCCUGAAAUAUCCUGAUAUAAACACAAGGUGGCGAUGCUUGUCCCUUAGAGCUGAAGAUAAGGUGGAAAUUUAUACCAAUGUCCAGCAGUCAUACAGUGAGAAAUACCUAUGGAGUGUCGUCUCACUUGUCCAUGAGUAUGAAGGUGCUCCCACAAGACAUGCAGGGGGUGCUCUUUUUGUUUUUUGUUUGUCUUAUUUGGAACCUCUUGCUCACACUGUUGCUGUGUCCGCUGUAGUAAAAGUCCAGUCAAGUUCUCAGGGUGUCAAGUCCUCCUCAAACUGUUUACAAAGAAGAAAAUGACCAUUGAUUAGACAGAAAAGGUGAGUUGGGGACAAGUGGAUACCAGGAAGCGAGUGCAUGUCAGCUCUUCUUCACGACCCUCCUGGAACAGACUGAGAAUCCAAGUCUUUGGAUGAAAAAUGUGAACUUUGUUGUGUGCGUGAAGUGAUGCUUUUGCACACAAAGCCAGGAUUAUUUUUUUUCCCCAGAUUCAGAAAAGUCUAUGCCAUUUUGAUGUUUUUGCUGGGAAGGGUGGGGUGGUAACUUAAUUUUGGGCAAAUUGAAAUUGCAAACAUGCGAAGGUCUUAUUUUUCAUUUCGGGGCUCUUCCAAAAAAAAACAAAAAAAAAAAAACAGUUGGUGUGAUGCCAUGAAACAAGGUUACAUGCUGGGCUUGUUUAUAAUGCUGAUUGGAUGCCAACUGUCGACUUAAUUUUAUAAAUUAGGGCUUUGAUUUCUCAUGUCAACAAAUCGCAGGAAUCAUUGCCGUUGCACGAGUGCUGAAAAAAAAUGUAAACAUAAUUUGAUGCUUUUUGUUUUUUUUAGCAUUUGGCUUUGAAUAAUUUUAUUUGGAAGUCUGAUUUCUGUAAGUAACCAGUCUUUUUGAACUGCAUGGAAUGCGGACAAAGACAAAUGUUUAUGGGGAAGCGCGCUUCCUUCUCCUUGCGUUAAUGUGUUCUGCCGACAGCAGUGUCCCUGUCACGUGUUGGCCCAUGUUACCUGUACAGAAGCACUGCAACAUUUGAUUUUUCUGGAGACUUUGAGCACUAGUAACAUUAUUGUCAAUGCAAAGACAAAACAGCAAAAUUUUUAUUUUAAUCCUCAGUGGCAGAAGGAUUUAAUGCAGUGUGAUAAUUAUGAUCAGAGUUUUGUACUGUGCUCAAGAUUUUUAAUACAGUUGAAAAAUCUGUUGUGUUGCCUUAUUAAAGUUUGAUCAGACGUC